AUGUUUUUAUUUAUAAUUUUAUAUAUAUCUGCUGGAAAAGAUAGUCAUUAUUUGGGAUCCAUAAAACACACUCUUCAACCAAAUUAAACAUUUGAGCAUCAAUUCUUUGAUGUAAAUCAAAUUAGAUCCCUUGAUUUAUACUUCCCUGAUCCUCCCUAUAGGAUGAUUAAUGAUGAAGAUAUGAAUUGCUAUUGGUCCAAUCAAGCGAUAGGACUUAAACCAAUUUAAACAAUUUCAAUGAACAUCAGCAAUUCUUUAGAUUCAGAUAUAGUUUGUUUUGAUGAAUGCUUUAUUAGAUAAGGGUAGAUGAUCUUUACAACAAAGAAUUAAACAUUGGAUCUCCAAUACUAAAAUUUAAAAUUAUUAGUAUUGCCCUCAGAAGGCCAAAUAAUUCAUUAUAAUGAAAAAGUUGUUAGUAUUUUUGAUACUGUCAAUAUGAAAAUAAUAAAUGAUAAUAUUCCUGUUGAUUUUACAUAGAAAUUAAAGUAAAGUCUAGUGAGUUAAUAACAUAUGGCAACUAAAAUAAUGUAUUUAUGCUUAGAAAGUGGAGUAUUUGCUUACAACGAUGAAUAUUUUAUCAUAAAUUAAUAUGGAACUAAAUGCAAAUCAAUAAUGUUGCAAGACGAUAAUUUGUAUAUAAUAGCUGAUGGAAUAUCAAUUUAUGAUAUUAAUGAUCCUUUUGAACCUUUUCAUAUCUAUUCAUUUAAUAUAAGUGGUCAUUUCUUUGAUAUCUAUCAGGAUUAUUUGGCAGUCCUGGAGUUGUUGAGCGAUUAGAGAGCGAAAUUAAGUUUGUUUAAACUCAAUUUCCAAUUUGGAUUAAAUCAAUUAGUAAAUAUUACAUAAGAAUCGGAAGGAACAAUACAACUAGAUUCUUAAGAUAUUAGAUUUGGAUUGCUCAAUAAGGACAUUGCUAUUAUUAUUAAUAAGGAGUAAGUAAACUUGAUAACCUUACAAACUAACUUUCAUUAAAAAUACAGACAUAAUAGUGGUUUGGGAUAAGCAUAACAUUUCUUAGAUCCAGAAAAUAAGAUAUUCGUUUUAGAUUCACAAAUAAUUCAAGUUAACAACAAUAGUCUUAUCUUUUAUAAUAUUACAAAUCAGAGUUAUAAUUUGGUAUGUAAUGCUCCUAUUGCACAUAAAUUAAGGAAACAUCUUUUUUUUGGAAUUAUCAGAAGUGAAGAGAAAUGCAGAAGUUCAAAAAUUGUAGAUGACCGAUUCAAAGAGCUUCUGUCCCGAGAAAAGGCUGAUCCAAAAGUACAAUGCUAUUAUACUUUUUAAUUGAGUUUGAAUAUCAUGCCUUUGCAAACACAUUGGUCUUUACAAUCAAAAAUUCUAUUGUGUAUAUUCUUAUUUUUACUUAUCUUGCUUAUAUUUCAAUAAUUCAAGAAUCAACAGGAAAAACAAACUUUGAACAGUUUACAAAGGUUUGAAUAAUUAAAUAGAAUCAACCUUUAGAAAUAAAAAAUACGCAUUACUCAUGAGGACGAAGAAUAGAAUAAUAAUAAAAUUGACUUUUAUUGA